AUGACGCCUGGUGGUAUAAUUUUAUUCACAGCGAAUUCUGGUGGUAUGCUCAUCCUCAAAACUCUGAAGAAAUUAGUGACUGGUAUGAUAUUGAUACUUCUGAUCGUUAAUUGCAGAAUGACAGAUCCUCCCUGGCAGACAGCCAGAGGACGUGGUCGUGGCCGACACCAAAAUCCUGCAUAUUCGCAGUAUGGCGGACGAACCAAUCCAGCAUAUUUUGAUCAAAGAAGUACAGCCAGAAAUUCUGCACAUAGCACAUCAAAUUCUAAUUUCCCUGUCCUACAACAAGGAAAUAAAACUCUGAUUAAUUCGAGAAUAUCUCAAGAUGAGGCAUCCUCCUCUCAAAUUCAAACUCCGAAUAUUAAUCUGGAUGAUAUUCCCGAAACACAUCCGUUAUUUCAGCAAAUAAAAUCAUAUUUGGCUGAAAAAGGAAAAGCUGCAGAUUCAUUUGCUUCAAUUGUGACAGAAAACUCUGAAAAUAAACUAUCCUAUGAAAAACUCGAAGCUAGAGAAGUUAUUGUUUAUCUGGAAAAUCGGCAUAUUCCUCCAACUGAAAACUCCGACGAAGCCUGGAGGAUAUUGAAAGACUACCUAACAGCAAAUGUUUAUUUUACAGGAGAAUCCUACAAAACCUUUACAUAUAGACUUAAAUAA